CUUCCCGUGUUCUGAGCGUGAAGAUGAUUAUGAAGGCGAACAAGCGUAAACACCAGCCAGAGGCUGCAGAGGAUGUUACAGAAGGGAGCAGCUUGGCGUGGGAGAAACAGCGGCAGUUUGUCUUCAGCGUCUCCAUGCACAAGUACCAGCGGGACCAGGAGAUGGCGGAACCCAGCCUGAGGAGGUCCGUCUUAAUCAGCAACACGCUACGGCAGGUGGAAGCAUGCCAGGUGCCCUCUGUGAGUCCGGCCGUGUCGCCACCUCCGGUUCAUGAGCCAAAGGAGCAGUCUGACGUCACUGCCACGCAGAACGACCUCCUCGCGCCCCCUAAGUGUCCGCGGAUGACGUCCAGCAGUGGAAAAAGUGAGUCGAGUGGGACGUCUCUCCCUUCGUCGGCGGACGAGGACGACUGGACCUCGUUGGUCGUGGAGCCGGAUUUUUCCAUUUCACCCGCCGUGUCGACAAUCCUCACCGGCCUGGACACGGCCCUGGAGGUGAGCGCGCAGGCAUGUCCGCGGGCGGCCCUAAGGUCCUUGGAAAACCUUCCGGCCUCGCCGAACGCAGGGGUCCUCUGGCUGAAGCAAGCCCGAGGGCACGGGAGGUGCUGGGAGGAGCAGCAGGAGUUGAUGCAGUGGGAGGCCGGCAUGGUGGUGGGCGGCUCCAGCUACCUCAAGGAUGUGACGGCGGAGGACAUGUUCCAGGACAUAGACACGUCCCAGCUGGAGCGGGAAAUGGGAAUACUUGGCCUGAGGGCGAGUGGAGCCACUUGCCUUCCUGCGGAGGAUCUUCAGUGCCUGACUCCUCUCUCCCUCGCCACGCAUUCGCCAUCCCUCCCUCUCAACCACAGCAUGAAGGGCCUGCCGUCCUUCUCCUCCUUCAGCUGCGCUCACUCCAGGGAAGGACUGGAGCUGGAGCAUCUGAUGACCAUGCUGGUGGAAUACUGAGAACUUACGUACGCCAACACAAGCUUUUGUGCAGCACAAAAUUGUGUAGGAAGAAAACGGCGUCUGUUUUAAAACAUGUAAACGUUGCCAAGCAGCGAGUUGAUGCACAGCCUUCGUCUUAAGUUACAGAUAUCGCGAUCAUUCCUGAUGGCGGCGAGAAGACGCUGAAACACUAAUGUUCUUCCGUGAAGAGAAGUUUAACCUCGUAUUUAUCAAUCGUAGCAGAGCCACUCAUUCAACUCAAGGUGUCAGACAUGAGAUGCACUCGCUUGUUAUAAAUGUUGCCGAGAAGAAACCACAUCUGUGAUAAAAUACUUUUAUCAAUUUACAGUAACCACUUCCUGUGACUUUUGGAAGCGGGUUCACAUGGUUUUAGUGAGUCCUUGUUAGAACCACUGCACUUUUGUUCUAAAAUGCAUCACGGAGUGAACUUUGUUUCCUGUUUGUCAAUUUGACACAGUGUUUACAUGUGUUCACAUGUUCCAGAACCUCCUUGUUGUAGCCUCAUAUUUAUAUCAUGUUUUGUCAUCAUUGUAUGUCCAUUUAGUCACUGUGGCAGUUAUUCUGGUUUUAAAAUGGAGGACAAAACGUCCACAUUGUAUUUACUCUUCUCUUUUUAAAGGAGAUUUUUGUCAAGUUUUCCACUUAUACUAAUAUUUUUAUUAAAAUGACAAAAUUAAAGUAACUUUAAAAUGG